UUUGCGCGUAGUCUCACUGUGAGGAGCUUUGAUGGUGCCAAUUUUUACGUACGCCUAGCCGGGAUGCACGGCCUGCGUCCGUUCAGUCAUUCUCAUUCAGUCUUUCGAACCGCGCCGGCGAAAGAGGUGGCCCCUAGCCCUGCUGCUACGAGCAAUAUACGCGUGUUUUUUCCAGAUGGAGCUCAAUUUUUUAUACACUCAUUUUAAGUGCAUUUGAUAUUUUUCUUAAGUUGGCAGUGCUGAAUAUAUUUCGCCAGCUUUCCCUUCUUACUAACCUGAUCUUCCUUGCUCUUUUUAUUUUGUGCGUCUGAUAGAAACACCCCCAAAAAAUUAUUAUGUUUCUACGCGUACUUAACACCGGCGAAGUGAUGUAAAUUCUGUCAAGUGGUUAAAAUUUCAUCGAUUAAUUUUUUAAAUUGUGUCACCUCAUUCAAUAAAUGCUGUAAAUCCGGUUAAUUUGAAGAAUUUAUUUUUCUCUUUGCGAAUAAAUGCAUGAGGUUUUGUACGUGAAAUAAUUGCACUUAGUAAAAAAUUAAUUAAUGCAAUUAAUUAGUGCACCAUUAGUUACCAGUCAUUGACACAACAAUUUAAAAGAUGACCGGACACGCCUUACAACCCUUGAAUCCGACUUCGAACGGACUCGGUACGCACACUGCAGGGACUAUGGUCAACCUUCCUAGAGGAAAAUCUCAAUAUUUAUCACAAGUGCUGGCGGCGGUGGCGAUAUCCCUGGGGCCCCUGGCGGCGGGUCUGGGGAAGGGAUACAGCUCGCCGGCGAUCGCUUCACUCCAAGGGAAGCAGAGCUGGGAGGCGGGGCACGGGGCCGGGGCGUACCGGGGCCACGGGAUGGGGCACAGGGGCAACUACACCCUGUUGACGGUGUCGCCGCAGGAGGCCUCGUGGGUGGCGAGCCUGUCGCUCCUCGGGGCGCUCUUCGGGGCGCUCGUCGGGGGCCUGGCCAUGAAGUUCGGGCGCAAGAACGUCCUCCUCAUCGCUUCGCUCCCCUUCUCCGCCUCCUGGCUCGUCACCGUCUACGCCGAGAGCGUCCAGACCAUGUUCGCCACCAGUUUCGUCGGCGGCUUCUGCUGCGCCGUCGUCCUCAUGGUCUCACAGGUGUACAUAUCGGAAAUCUCGGACCCGGACAUCCGGGGGUUCCUGUCGGCGGUGCUGAAGAUCUUCAGCCACAUCGGGACGCUGCUGUCGCUGACGCUGGGGGCGUACCUGGACUGGCGGGAGCUGGCCAUGAUCAUCUCGGGGGCGCCGCUCCUGCUCUUCGUGAGCAUGCUCUACAUGCCGGAGACGCCGAGCUUCCUGGUUCUCUCCGGUCGGGAGCCGGACGCCGUGCGGGCCCUCCGCUUCCUCCGCGGCAACGACACGGACAUCACCCGCGAGCUCAUCACCAUCCGCAACAACAUCCUCACCGCCUCCACCCACCAGUACACUUACCGCGGCCUCGCCCACGCCGCCGCCCGCCUCGCUCACCCCAUCCUCAUUACCUGCGGCCUUAUGUUCUUCCAGCGCUUCUCCGGAGCCAACGCCUUCCAGUUCUACUCGGUGACGAUCUUCAGCCAGACGUUCAACGGGAUGAACCCGCACGGGGGUGCGAUCGUGGUGGGCUUCGUCCAGCUCCUGGCCUCCCUCCUCUCGGGGCUGCUCAUCGACACGAUCGGCCGGCUCCCGCUCCUCAUCGCCAGCAGCGUCUUCAUGUCCAUCGCCCUGGCCGGCUUCGGCUCCUUCGUCUACUACGAGCAGCUCAGCCGGCACAACAGCUACGUCCACGUCCAGCACCUCCCCCCGGGCGUGGCGCCCCCCGGGAUCUCGGCCACCUACGACUGGAUCCCCCUCCUCUGCGUCCUCGUCUUCACCGUCUCCUUCUCCAUGGGCAUCAGCCCCAUCUCCUGGCUCCUCAUCGGCGAGCUCUUCCCCCUCGAGUACCGCGGCCUCGGCAGCGCCCUCGCCACCUCCUUCAGCUACGCCUGCGCCUUCAUCGGCGUCAAGACCUACGUCGACUUCACGCAGACGCUCGGGCUCCACGGGGCCUUCUGGCUCUACGCCGCCUUCUCGCUGGCCGGUCUCUGCUUCAUCGUCUGCUUCGUCCCCGAGACCAAGGGCAGGGACCUCGACGAGCUCGACAGUAGGUACAUUUGAUCCCGGCCCAAAUCCUACCCUUGUAAAUAAUCAUUCGCUCGAGUCCCGGGCUGCCUUUUCCGGAUCGUCGAGGCUUCCGCGGGCCCACGUCGGGCAGUCCCCGAGUAGCAGCACUGGAAAGAAAAAACACGUUGGAUCUAGAAUCCAAACUCUUGAAAACAUUGACAAGAAAAAGAACUCUUGACUCGAUCACAUUUAAGUUUAAAUCAAAAGGA